ACGUCGCAGUCUCUCUGCGUUUUACACGUAAGCUUAUUAUAAACUCAGUCACCCCUUCAAGACCAGUACGACUACACUUGCUGCCGUUUUGUUACAUUGCAUUUUGCAGUAACGAGAGAAACGGAGAAAGGAUCAAAAUCCUUCUCAAAUAUUCAAUCUUUAAGAUCCAUUCAAUUUUCCCAUAACCCCAAUUUUCUUUUUCUUUUUUCAAUCUCAAAAUAAAAUCCCUAUACAAAAAACCCCCAAAUUAAAUAAAUAAAAAAGAGGGAAAAGUUAUGGAACGAGCGCAAGGAAAGGGAAACGCGAAGAUGUUGAUGGUUUUUAUGUGUUUGUUGUUUAUCUUCGUUGAUCGAAUUGAAUCUCUUUCUGUUACGGUGAAUGAGGUUGAAUGUCUCUAUGAAUAUGUGCUUUAUGAGGGUGAUACCGUUUCGGGGAAUUUUGUUGUCGUUGACCAUGAUAUUUUCUGGAGUUCUGAUCACCCUGGCAUUGAUUUCUCGGUAACAUCACCUGGAGGAAAUGUUGUCCAAGAUAUCAAGGGAACCUCUGGAGACAAGUUUCAAUUUAAGGCCCCAGUACACGGAAUGUAUAAAUUUUGUUUUCAUAACCCACACUCAACACCUGAGACUGUUUCUUUCUAUAUCCAUGUUGGUCAUAUUCCUUCUGAGCAUGACCUUGCCAAGGACGAGCAUUUGGACCCAAUUAAUGUUAAAAUUGCCGAGCUCAGAGAGGCAUUGGAAUCUGUUACAGCUGAACAGAAGUACUUGAGAGCUCGUGAUGCAAGGCAUCGCCACACGAACGAGAGUACCCAUAAACGUGUAAUCUUCUACACUGUGGCAGAGUACCUUCUGUUGGCUGCUGUUAGUGCACUGCAAGUCAUAUAUAUCAGGCGCCUUUUCAGCAAGUCAGUGGCUUACAACCGUGUUUGAGUCCCCUCCCUCAGAAACCUUAUGCCUUUCCUUCUUUUAGUUAAAUUAAAUUAAAGGGUUAGGGGUUUAUAGAUGUUUUUCUCUCUGUGAAACAUUAUAACUAUUAUUUUUGGUGAGCACUUUGUUGCUCUCUUUUGGAGACAGCCGUCACUUGUACUUUGAUAUACAACUAGAUUUUUAUAUUCAUUGGUCUGAACUUCACUGGAUUUUGACUGAAAAUUAAAUCUUGUGGGAACAAUACUUCGUAUGCAAUAUGAUACCUUAUAUUUUGUGUU